AUGGCUCCAGCUGCUACACCACAAACUCAGGAAACUCAGGACAAUGAUGCCUUUUUAAAGAGCAUGCCCUUAGAGAAUGUCGCACCCUUAUGGCAUAUCUUGAAGGACUUAUCUCCUCCAAAGCCAAAGCCAACAUCUGUGCCUCACCUCUGGAACUACAAAAAAUUGAAACCAAUCUUAGAUGAAUCUGGGCGUUUAGUACCAACUGAACUUGCCGAAAGAAGAGUGCUUAUGUUGGUUAACCCAAAGUUGACAGGACCACGUACAACUGAAACUUUAUACGCUGGUCUUCAAUACAUUAAACCUGGUGAAGUUGCUCCAGCACACAGACAUGUUGCCUUUGCUUUUAGAUUCAUUCUUGAGGGACAAGGUGGAUUUACUAAUGUUGAAGGUACAAGAAUGACUAUGAAGAGAGGUGAUGUGCUUUUGACCCCAAGAAACUGCUGGCACGAUCACGGUAAGGACGGAAGCGGUCCAAUGAUCUGGUUGGAUGGUUUGGACUUGCCAAUUUUCCAAACUAUUCCAGUCAACUACACUAACCACUACGAAGAAGAUAGAUUCCCAGCAGUUGACAAUGAUAAUACACCAAUGAAGUUCCCAUGGCAACCAGUUCAAGAUAAGCUUGACAGUAUUAAAGGUGACUAUGCUAUUUUCGAAUACCGUGACCAGGAAAACCCUGAAAAAUUUGUAUCUUCCAUUCUCGGUGCUGAAGCUUUGAGAAUUUCUCCAAAUGCUUCUACUCCUGUACGUCAGGAAAACAGUUCCUUCGUUUUCUGUGUCUACGAAGGAAAGGGUCACACUAUCGUCUACGGUGAUGAUGGCGAAGAAAAUGUUUUAAACUGGGAAAACAGUGAUGUGUUCUGUAUUCCAUGUAACAUGCCAUUCAAGCACUUUAACGACAGCAGCAAUGAACAAGCCUACCUCUUUAACUUCUCGGACACCCCAUUGCUCAAGAACUUAAAUAUCCAUAGUUCCGAUUUGGAAGUUAAGAACUAG